GAGACCGGAAGCGCCGUGUGUUCCCAUUCAUCCUACCGGUGCCUGUUCCUCUUGCUAGCCUAGCUUCAUGGUUAGCUCUCAAACUAGUGACUGAAACAUCCACAUUCUCCGCAAAAUGUCUCACGCAGUGCCCACAGAAAAGCCCUCAAACCCCACCAACCCCCGGGUUUUCUUCGACGUAGACAUCGGAGGCGAAAAAGUGGGGAGGAUAGUCCUGGAGCUGUUUGCUGAUGUGACUCCUCGGACAGCAGAGAACUUCAGGGCCCUGUGCACUGGAGAGAAGGGCACCGGAAAAUCCACAGGGAAACCUCUGCACUUCAAAGGAUGCCCCUUCCACAGAAUUAUUAAGCAGUUCAUGAUCCAGGGAGGCGACUUCUCCAAUCACAAUGGAACUGGAGGAGAGAGCAUUUACGGAGACAAGUUUGAAGAUGAAAACUUUCACUACAAGCAUGACAAAGUUGGGCUGCUGAGCAUGGCUAACGCAGGUGCCAACACAAACGGCUCCCAGUUCUUCAUCACCACGGUGCCCACACCUCACCUAGAUGGCAAGCACGUGGUCUUUGGACAGGUGCUCAAAGGGAUGGGAGUGGUCAAGAUCCUGGAGGCCAUCGAAACGAAAGAGGACGCACCAGUACAGCCUUGCAUCAUCUCAGACUGUGGGGAGCACAAGGAUGGGGACAGCUGGGGGGUGGAGCUCGACGACGGCUCGGGGGACACGUACCCAGAGUUCCCAGAGGACGCAGAGGUCGACUUUAAAGAUGUUGACAAAGUUCAAAGUGUGGCUGAGGAUCUGAAGAACAUCGGAAACACUCUUUUUAAAAAUCAGGACUGGAAAGGUGCUGUCAAGAAAUACAGCAAAGCACUCAGGUACCUUGAGUUUGGAGGAGACGAGUUUGACGAGGAGAUCCAGAAGAAGCUAGAGCCCGUAGCCCUGAGCUGUUUCCUCAACACAGCGGCCUGUAAGCUCAAACUGCAGCUGUGGCAGGAAGCACUGGACAGUUGCACCGAGGCUCUGGAGUUGGAUAAGAAGAACACAAAAGCACUUUUCAGGAGAGCACAGGCGCAUGCAGGGCUAAAGGACUUCAGUAAAGCUAUGGAGGACCUGAAGAAGGCUCAGGAAAUCACACCAGAUGAUAAAGCAAUCAUAGGCGAAAUGAAGAAAGUCCACCUCAAGAUCCAGGAGGAGAAGGAGAAAGAGAAAAAGAUGUUUGCCAAAAUGUUUGCGUGAUUUCAACGGUUUUGGAAUUAGUGGGAAAUUCCUGUAUGCACUGAAGUAUCCUGUAUUCACCAAAUGUCAUGUUUUGAUACGGUUUCUCUAAAAGUCAUGUUUUAUUUAUGUUUUUACAGAGUUCAUUCAAACACACGUACAAUGGAAUUUCCUUUACGAUAUGACACAUUUUUAAUCUAGUGUAGUUCCAAAAUAAAAAUAUGUAUUAAGAUUUAGACAUCUUUAACCGUUUACAAUUCAAAUUUAAAAGUACACUGUGUAACUUUUUUAGAGGAGGGUGUAGAGCGCCACUUUGUCUCCAUUGAGAUAUUAUUGCUUAGUCUUGAAUGUUCAACUGUAUGGCAUGAUGAACAUCUCUUCUGACAUUUAAUUUCAGGGAUGUUUUUAUUGCUCAAAGAUACUUAAAACAUGCACUCUUUCUGUGAGCGGCGACACCUCUCCAUAGAUCUGACCUGUAACUUGGCCCAAUGGCACCACUCGCAUGCCUCCAGAGAGAUGGACGAGUUCAGUGCUCCUUGGCGGCACACAGGCGGCAUUAAGUUCACCGGAGAAGUUACACAAUGCACCUUUAAGAGAAUUGGAACUUUAGAUGUUAGUUUUCAUAGCUACAUUUUCCCCCAUUUUAUCUGAUACUCUAAGCAGCCAAGUCUCUAAAUGCAAAUUGCUCUGUUUUGUGCGUCGUGUCCCUUUCAGAGAUUGGUUAAAUAUAGAGCACCAUAAAUAUAUAUUCUUGGGAACACACUAGAUUAAAAUAGGGAAAAAAGCAAAAUGUAUUGUACUGUAACACUGACAACAUUGUAAAACAAAGUCUGCAAUAAAUGUGAUGAAAUGAAAA